GCCCAGAGCCCCAUGAAGCUGACGGCCCUUCAGCUGCUGCUGUGGCAGAGCGCACUCUGGCUGGUGCAAGCAGCCGCCCCCCUGCGCCCGACCAGCUCGCUGCCCCAGAGCUUCCUGCUCAAGUGCCUGGAGCAAAUGCGGAAGGUCCAGGCUGAUGGCACAGUGCUGCAGGAGAGGCUGUGCGCCACCCACAAGCUGUGCCACGCCGAGGAGCUGGUGCUGCUCGGACACGCCCUGGGCAUCCCCCAGCCUCCCCUGAGCAGCUGCUCCAGCCAGGCCCUGCAGCUGACGGGCUGCCUGCGUCAACUCCACAGCGGCCUCGUCCUCUACCAGGGCCUCCUGCAGGCUCUGGCGGGGAUAACCCCCGAGUUAGCCCCCACCUUGGACAUGCUGCAGCUGGACAUCAGCGACUUUGCUCUCAAUAUCUGGCAGCAGAUGGAAGAGCUGGGGCUGGCUCAGGCAGUGCCGCCCAGCCAGGGCACCAUGCCAACCUUCACCUCGGCCUUCGAGCGCCGGGCCGGAGGGGUCCUGGUGGCCUCCAACCUGCAGAGCUUCCUGGAGCUGGCCUACCGCGCUCUGCGCUGCUUUGCCAAACCCUGA